GACGCCGUGCGGAGGUGUUGCGGGGAUGAGGUGGUGGGCGUUGUACUGGACCUUGUUUCUCUUUUGUUUGCGGUUAGUUAGCGGCAAAUUCGAAGCAGGAAAGUUAGAGACGUUUAAGAAUUGGGUUUUCUUGACCAAAUUUUGUUUCCUACCUGAAAAUGGGCAGAUCAGUUACCAUAUAAGAUAUCCCAUGAGCUGUUGGAGUAAAGAAGCAAUGGCUGCCACUGGAAAUAAUCAGCUGUUGAACCUCACUCAUGACUUUCCGUUGUCUGGUUGCCUGGUGAUAGAUAUGAAUGGAAUGAAUUACACAGAUUGUCAAAAAACACUCAACUUCCAUUCAGCAAGGGAGAGAUGGUGGUUCCUUGCAGUCAGUAAUUGUAGGGGUGGAGGAAUACAAUUGGAAUACCAAAUUAAGAUGUUGAAUGGAAAAAGUUUAUGGAGAAGACAUUUUUCUGCCAAUCAGAUAGGAAUUCUUGAAGUACACACGCUUUCAGUGUUGUUAUUCGUAAUUGUACUUGGAGUCUGUAUAUAUUUUGCUUAUUAUUUGAAGAGAAGACAUUUACUGCAUUCAAGCUAUCAAAUGCUAAUGGCCUCUAUAGGAAUAGAAGCUCUAGGCCAUUUCUUCCUAUGCAUUCAAUUUGGCAUUUAUGCACGAAAUGGUGUAGAUUGUGAACCUGUCAAAAUAAUCGGACGCUUGUUGCUGGUGAUUAGCUAUUUACUGCUUGUCCCAAUGCUGCUUCUCAUGAGCCACGGAUUUACAAUUACAAGGUGCAAGAUUCAUCAGUCUAGCGCUGUCACUGUCUGUUUGCUGAUGGUCACCUUUGCUGUUAUGUACAUCUGGUUUUUCCUUGCUGAAAGACAUCUGAUAGACGCAGGAAAGAUACAGAGUUCAUUGGAAUCUCCUAUUGGCUAUGCUAUAAUUGCCCUACAGUUUCUGACAGCAAUUUGGUUUGUAGAGUCAGCAUAUAAGAUCAUGCACCAGCAUCCUGAGAAACGGCCAUUUUAUCUUCUUUACUUUCCAGCAUUCACCUUCUGGUUUUUUGCAGUACCUGUCAGUAGCCUUUUUGGACAAUUCAUGAUUCCAAACUGGAAACGUGAACGUGUUGUGUGUACAAUCUCGCUGCUUUUGAAAUUCUACGUCUACUUUGUUAUGUUGUUUCUAACCAGGCCAUUCCGUACAAACACGAGAUUUCCCUUUCACAUUGACACCUCACGGAUUGCACUUAUGAGAUAUGCAUCAGAAUCCAAGGAGAGCUUUGUGAAAUUUGGACAUCGUAUACACAGAAAUAUCAGUGUCAUUAACUUCAUCAACAAUAAUUCCAGAGGUGCCACUGCUAAUGGGCCAAGAAACUGUACCUUGCAAGAGGAUGCAGAUCUCUUGGAAAGAACUGAUACUCAAAUUGAUUACAGACUUGGUCUUGUUUAAAAGCAAGAGACGCCAGCAUCAUCUGUGGUCUGGGAUUCACAGCUUUUAGGAAAUGAAUUGUUCCAAAUUAAAUCCACAAUACAUUGUGAAGGAACAGAAGACUGGUAGACAAAGCCAUUUGCUAAAGGUAAAUGUCCUGAACCCAAAAGUCACUCUAACAGUCCCUCCUCUUGGCCCUCCUGGGCAAAAAUAAACUUGUACUAUACCAGGAAAGGCCAACCUAAGCGGAUCUAGUCAAAUAGGGCAGCAAAAAUGCCCUGCCUUGAAACCCCCCCCCCCCAAUUUUGUGCCUUGAUACCACCCUAGCAUUCCCUAAUCGCUACCUAGCAAAUGUUAAGCAGUGAGGUUGUUCUAGAAAUGUGAACACAUCUUCUUUCCUGUGCCUGUUGGCUCUUUCCCUGCAGGCUGAUUGCAGCUUAAUCACAUUCCUUUGUCUUCAGCCCUUCAUUCUCUGUUCACUGUAACUCUCUUUUGAGGGGCACCCACAGGCUCUCUCAUCAAUGUACAGGAAGGAUCUGGGGUGGCCUUAUUGGAGUAUAAAAGUUGCAUUGUUUGCUGUGUAACCAAAACUAUGUGGUCAGCUUUAAAUUUGCUAUUUGCUAUGCAUGUUUCCAAUUGAGAAUGAAAUCUUAAGAAUGUAGAAGACAAUGGUGUGUUAAUGAGAGGUAGCUAAGAGAUGUACAUUAGAACAUGAUUAAGUCAAUGGGUAGAAACAAUAGUGGCGGAUGCGCAACUAUAGACCGAUUGUAUAUGCUAAUGCAACUAAACCAGGAGAUUGCUAUAAAAAAUGCUAUGUACAGGGAUCAGGCAAUCGGUGAGGAGCUCACUGACUGUCUCAGCAUUUGCAAAUUAAAGUUUAAUACUUCUUGAAGAAUCUUCUGCAUCUCCUGGUCGUUUGUGGGGCACGAGAAACCACGACAGCCUCUACGUAAAUGUCUGCAAGGACCUCUCCCUGGUGGCACCCCCUUCCAAACUGUCCAGUCGAUCACUGGCCCAACUGCUGAAAGGGCCCAGUUUCUCAUUCAGACUGAGGGUGACUGCCUUCAGAUGCCAUGUGCAGUCUGAAAUGCCAUCAGAGUUGUGAAACUUGCUGUCUCUGCUUUAACUUAAAAAUCCCUCCCAGUCUUUUUUCCAGUCUUUUCUAUUAAACUGAUAGAAAAUGCUAUUAAACUAAUCAUCUAUCUUCAGCAACCAGCUUUCGUUACAGAGUACCACCAUCAUCACACUCUAGCAUGCUAUUCAUGGUUUUCUGUCACGCUCUCUGUGUCUCCUGCCACGCUCUCGGUGUUUUCUGCCUUUGCGUUUCCUCCGGGUAUGUUUUCAUCAGCUGUGGUCAGGUCUGGCAUGGCCGGCUGGUGUUCCUCGCUUAGGUUCUCUGUAAUUACAUGGCUACUGGACACAAUUGAUCCCCCGCUCUGUCUGUGGGAGCAGCAAGAGGGUGAGUCGUGUGCUUUAACCUGAGUCCAGUGUUUCCACUGGCUGCCUCACCGAGUCUGCACACAGACACAAGCAGCAUUUGUUAACAGUACUAUCUGUGGUCCUAAAUCCCUGGCCUUUCUGGCCUCACCGUGAUUUGGUCGCUGGGCUGUGGAAGGACUGUCUCCUUCUGGCUCUCUCUGAUCAGCAAUGUGUUGCAGUUGUUUUGCUCGGUCCUUCAACACUUUAUGUUGGUUACAAAGGUCUUUCACAUAUUGUGUCAUUCUAUCCCUGUAAGCCCCAGGCUCCCCGCAAUCCGUAAUUACCCCAUGAUAUAACUUCAGUAAUAUCUCCCUAAUACGUCGUGAGGCCAUGGCGACUCUUUCCUUCCCGUGUGCCCAGCUUCCAUCUGGUCCCUCCUUUGCUCCCUUUCUCCGCCAUCCCUCCUCUUCUGCCUCCAUAUAAUUUUACUGAACUGGCUUCUGUCAUUUCUUCCUUCACACUUGCAAUUUCAAUUGCCUCUUGUUCCUCUGCUGCCUUAUUCACAGUGAUGUCUGCCCUCGGAGGGACUGGAGACAGGCCAUUCAGGAUUGUUGCAGGGCCUGCCACUAUGAGAUGCAAUCUCGGCCUGGUCUUAAGGGCAGUAUAGCCUGUUGUUAAUGAAUAUAGGCGAGUUAGCGGUGGCCAUGACUCUCUGAGUAUCCCCUGGUGUUUUUGUUCCUUCACUAUACCCUGGUCAGCUGUCAGUGUGUUUUUAUAGGGAACUGUUUAUGGGGCUUAUACAGCCCUUCCUCUCUUUUAACUGGGCUUUUCUUUACUCAACCACAAUCUUGCUUGUGUGUAGUCCACACUGCUGGGAACCACUGACAAAGUAACCCACAGACACCAUCCUGGCUCCAGUCUCUGGUGAUCGGGGCAGCUGUGACAAGGCUAGCCAGGCUCUGUAUUCUGUUGGUUGUACACAUUUGCUGCCCCUGACUUAUCCAUAUUAUUUCUCCCUUUCCUGAAUCUUUAACAGUUCCUGCUUCCCUUAGGAUGUCUAUUUCAAGGAUAGUGCCCUUGAUAUUUGGACAUACCUAGAAAUACACUGGAAGCUGCACUCCCCCGAUUUCGAGUAUUUGUGACUCGCUUUCUGUUUUCACCAUUUCCCCUCCUACACCACUAAUAUAAAUGGCCUGUCGUGUUGUUGACAAGGGUAGGUCUGUUUUUGAUACUGAAGCUCCUGUGUACACUAACAUAUUGCAUUGCUGUCCCCCUAACAAUCAAUGCCGUUGUGUACAUCCGCGGAUCACCAGCGCUGGCAGUGGGGCCCACCACCACAUCUUUUUCCAGACCUAGAAGCCGUCUUUACUAGCUCUUUGAUCUGAUCGACAGUCAGAUUGGUCAGACUGGGCACCGAUGGAGUGAGAGAAUGUGUGUCUGCUCUGACGUUCACCUGUUUUUCUUUCCUCUGUUUUGGACACUGCCUCCAACCAUGUCCCAAUAGGCUGCACCUGUAGCACAUAAACUCCUUUACCCUCCCACGUCUAUUCCAGCAAUUCUUCGCUUUGUGCCCUGGCUGCUGGCAAGCAAAACAAACUCUCUGGGACAUCACAGCAGCUGCAUCCACUAUGGCCACUUUACGAUCUCUCUUGCACUUUCUUCGGACUAUCUCACUGGCCCAGGAAACUAUCGCAGAGUAGGUUGACUCCACCAUUAUGCCUAAAUCUAAAACUUCCUGUUGGGCUAAGCUCAGUCCAUUCCUUCAGCACUUUUAGGAAGACUUGGUCGUCUCUCCCUGAAUUAUCCAACCCGGAAUACUCAUGCACUCGAUAUUUAUGUUCCGCAUAAUCCAUGGCUGCCUCAUCAGCUUUUUGAAUCACUGCCAUUAUCGUUCCCCAGUUGCUGCUUCACUUCCCCUUUAAAAAAGCAAUACCUUUUUACAUUGCUGGUGUUCCCGAUAGUUGUCCAGAUACUGUCCCACACUCAUUGGGCCAUUCUGUCCCACGUAUUCCUUGGGCACUUUUACCAACUCGUGUAAUCUUUAGGGUGCAUCUGGUGAAUUUCAACCAUUUCCUCAAGCUUACGCCAGAGUUCUGAAUUCCCAUAUGUGACUUUAAGUGAGGACGACUCUGACAAAAUGCUCCAUUUCUCCCCGGAAGCGAAGGCCAUAAUCAUUGUCAAGGGCUGGCUUGGGUCAUCAGGGUUCUCAACCUGACGUUGCUUGAUCUCAAUAGGUGGCAUCCUGGCAUAUAUAUGGGUAAAAUCUCUCCCUGAAAUAUCUCCACACUAAUUCCCAGACGACGCAAAAUAUAAAAGAUGGGUACCAGUUAAACAGCACAUACUUAAAACCGCAGAGUAUGUACUCCGCCUGGACGAGCCCCCAGGAGAUGAGAGUGACUGGGAAAUGAUAAUGGCAAUGAUUCAAAAAGCUGAUGAGACAGCCAUGGAUUAUGCAGAGCGCAAAUAUCGAGUGUAUGAGGAGUAUUCAGAGUUAGAUAAUCCAGGUAGUGACGAUGAAGUCUUCUUGAAAAUGCCAAAGGACCUAAAAAUCACUCUAACAAUUAUUUCUAUGUUUUUAAAUAUUUGUAAUUUUAUAUAAAAUUGACUUGUAUUUGAAAAUGAUGUUUAUAAGUAUAUUCAUGCUGCAGAACUGCCCAAGUAAUGUUCUGACCCUGAUCAGAACAGUACAAGAUAAUGAGAGGCAUUAAUCAUGUGGAUAGUAAGAGGCUUUUUCCCAGGGCUGAAAUGGCUAGCACGAGAGGGCAUAUUUUUAAGGUGCUUGGAAGUAGGUACAGAGGAGAUGUCAGGGGUAAGUUUUUUACACAGAAUGGUGAGUGCGUGGAAUGGGCUGCCAGCGUCAGUGGUGGAGGCAGAAACGAUGAGGUCUUUUAAGAGUCUCCUGGAUGGCUAUGUGGAGAGAGCUAUGGGUAAGCCUAGGUAGUUCUAAGGUAGGGACAUGUUCAGCCCAGCUUUGUAGGCCGAAGGGCCUGUAUUGUGCUGUAGGUUUUCUGUUUCUAAAUGUUCUUGUGUUUGAGAUUACAGCUUUUCGUGUCAAAACUUGCAUGCACAUUUGAAAAAGGACUUGAGGUUGUUACAAACCAUAGAUAAUAGAACAGACAUUAACUUUUUCUAUAUUUUCAAAUUUGAUUCAUCAUCAUUAUGUGCUGUGUCAUAUGACAUGGGUGAUCAUGGUCCAUGACCAGGAUUUUUCUUGGCAAACUUUUCUACAGAAGUGAUUUGCCAUUGCCUUCAUCUGAGCAGUGUCUUUACAAGAUAGGUGGUCCCUAGCCAUUAACAAUACUCUUCAGAUAUUGUCUAUCUGGUGUCAGUGACUGUAUAACCAGGACUUGUGAUAUGUACUAGUUGCUCAUAUGACCAUCCACCACCUGCUCCCAUGGCUUCACGUGAUCCAGGUGCUACACCUUUGCCCAAAGAUGACCUGCAGGCCAGCAGAGGGAAGGAGCACCUUACACCUUCAUUGGUAGAGAUGUGUCUCCUCCACGUCACCCCAAGCUGGAUUGGAUGUAGUAUAAGCAGCAAAUACAAUUUGUUUUCAUUUAAAUAAGACAUUUAAACCACAGGAGGUCUUGCAGAACCUGUGGAGAGAGAAAUAGAAUUAGAGUUUCAGGUUAGGGCCCUUUCAUCAGAACUUAGAUUUCUCAUAAAAGUUCAUUGUCCUGAAAUGUUAACUCUGUCUUUCAUUCUGCACUUCUACUACCAGACCUGUUGACUGUUUCCAGCUUUUCUGUUUUUUCUGUUUUUAUCUUAUGGAAUUAUAAUUAACUGCAUGGAGAAUUUAAAAAAACUUAGAUUUGAAAAGAAAAGGUUAAGGAGAAUUUUUUAAAAAUGUUCAAAAUUACGGAACACUUUGAUGAAGCAAAUGGGGGAAAAUUGUAUUGAUGUAAUGCUUAGCUACAGUUGUUAAUUACAAUUUUGACAUGGAUUAGGUACAAAACCAUAACAUAUUCUAAAUGCAUACUGUCAUUAUCUUCUGUCUGGUAAAAUAAUUAACUUGUUUCUCUUUUUGUUUAAUUGAAA